AUGCAGAUAAAUCCGCCUGAGCUCAAUGGGUCCAAAGCGGACGAGGACCCACAGUUGUUCUUGGAGGAGGUGAGGAAGAUUACUGAUGUGAUGUAUGUUUCGGAAGAAAAAAGUGUUGAGUUGGCGUCCUAUAAACUAAAGGACAUUGCUUAUGAUUGGGUUGUAUCGUGGAAGAAGGGUACAGUGUUCAAAGCUAUGGAGAAAGUUAAGCUGAUUGGAAAAAGGUUGAAGACCGCUCAGAGUCAUCAAAGAGUGGCCUACGAGGUUGAGUUGCCCUCGGAGUUGUCCACCGUUAAUCCUAUCAUUCAUGUCUCUAUGCUCAAGAAGCAUAUUAGUGAUUCUGUUGUGGUUGAUCCUUUAGAGAGUGCUGAAAUUCAGGAUAGUCUUUCCUUCGAUGAAAUUCUUGUUGAGAUCCUAGACUUUCAAGAUAAUGGUGUGAAGACAAUGGCCAAUCACUGUAAUGAAUUGCAAGAUCUUGAUCUUAGCAAGAGUCUUAAGCUUACUGAUCAUUCCCUUUAUACUUUAGGUCUCGGCUAUCCAAACCUCACGAAGCUGAAUAUCAGUGGGUGCUCUACUUUUUGUGAUGGUGUAGUUGAGGAUCUUGCUGACCAUUACCAAAACCUAAGAGUUUUAAAUUUUUAUGGUUGUGUUCGAGCUGCAACUGAUAUGGCAUUGAAGGCUAUUGGUUUUUACUGUAACCGAAUGCAGACUAUAAAUCUAGGUUGGUGUGAUAAAAUUGGUGAUGAAGGUGUAAUGAGUUUGUCUUACAGUUGUCUUGAUCUCAGAGCCCUUGAUAUAGGUGGUUGUGUCCUUAUAACUGGUAAAACAUGUGUCUUGGUUUAUGUAUCUAAUGUCUUUUCUUAA